GCAGGCGCAGUGGUGGACUCCGCCGUGGGAUUGUCGCUCUCCUAGCUCUCGUGUAGCGGAGAGACAGGAAUGGCGGAGGCGAUGGAUCUGGGUAAAGACCCCAAUGGGCCCACUCACUCCUCCACUCUGUUCGUGAGGGGAGACGGGAGCGCUAUGUCGUUUUACGUGCGGCCCAGCCCGGCCAAGCGCCGGCUGUCGACGCUCAUCCUGCACGGUGGCGGCACCGUGUGUCGGGUGCAGGAGCCCGGGGCCGUGCUGCUGGCCCAGCCCGGGGAGGCGCUGGCCGAGGCCUCGGGCGACUUCAUCUCCACGCAGUACAUCCUAGACUGUGUGGAGCGCAACGAGAGGCUGGAGCUGGAGGCAUACCGGCUGGGACUGAGCGAGCAGGCUUCAGACACAAAGCCCGGGGCUUCCACCGAGGGCUCCGCGGAGCUGGAGCCGCAGCCUCUGACCGGGCGCAUCGCCUACACUCAUGCGGACGACGUGGCCAUCCUGACCUACGUGAAAGAAAAUGCCCGCUCGCCCAACUCGGUCACAGGCAACGCCUUGUGGAAAGCGAUGGAAAAGAGCGCGCUCACGCAGCACUCCUGGCAGUCGCUCAAGGACCGCUACCUCAAGCACCUCCGGGGCCAGGAGCACAAGUACCUGCUGGGGGACGCCCCCGUCAGCCCGUCCUCCCAGAAGCUCAAGCGGAAGGCGGAGCAGGACCCCGAGGCCGCGGAUAGCGGUGAGCCGCAGAACAAGAGAACGCCAGACUUGCCUGAAGAGGAGUGUGUGAAGGGAGAGACCAAGGAGAAUGAUGAUGAGGACGCCAGUCAGGAGUUUGAAGAAGCUGUGGUGGGGGAGAGCCCUGACUUUGAAAUACAUAUAACAAUGUGUGAUGAUGAUCCUCCCACACCUGAGGAAGAUUCUGAAACACAGCCAGAUGAGGAAGAAGAGGAGCCAAAAGUUUCUACACAGGAAGUGGGAGCUGCCAUCAAAAUUAUCCGGCAACUAAUGGAAAAGUUUAAGUUGGAUCUAUCAACAGUUACACAGGCCUUCCUGAAAAACAGUGGUGAGCUGGAGGCCACUUCCUCCUUUUUAGAGUCUGGUCAGAGAUCUGACGGUUAUCCAAUCUGGUCCCGGCAAGAUGACUUAGAUUUGCAGAAGGAUGAUGAGGACACUAGAAAUGCAUUGAUCAAAAAAUUUGGAGCUCAGAAUGUUGCCCGGAGGAUUGAAUUCCGAAAGAAAUAAUGGACAAGAUAAUGGCAGAUAAUGAUAUAAAUGUCUUGUGCCCAUUGAAACUGACCAGUACUGCUGUUCUGGGAGCCCCAGAUUUUGUAGCCAAGCAGUGUUAUGUAGCAGGAUAAAGUAAAAGAAACUGAAUCUAGAGUGGUCCAUGGCAAGUAUCUCUGUGUUUAUGAUAGGGAAAUCUAAACCAGGAGGUUGGUCUGUAUAUUAGUAGAUCAGCCUUUGCUGGAAGGCAGCCCCUGUUGUGCUGGUGACAGGAGCCUAGUGACAGAGAUCAAAGUCAGAAGCGGAAAGGCGAAGGUCUUUUCAGGCCUGGUGAGUCAGUAACCUCGUCUUUUGGCAAAGUUGUUUCAGAUGAAGAGUCUAGAAAUAAGAUUUAAUGGUAAAGCUUAUAACAUGGACUGUUCCAAACCAACCCAUCUCCUAGGGAGCUCUGAUUUCUACUUCAUUGAAAAAUCCCAUAUUCAGCUUCCUAAUGGAGUCGCUAGUAGUAUUUGCUUACUUACCACUCAGUUUUGUGUACAAUAAACUCUGACUUGUGGGAGUGUCCAGUCUUUUAACAUUUAUAACAGGUGUCAUAUACAAACUUCAUAGUCAAGAAUCAAGGAAAAAAAUCAAGUUACACACACACACAUACAUCCCUCAAAAAAUGUGUAUGCUCUUAAGUUUACAAUUCUGUGUUCUUCUUUUGUAGCUAUCCUCAGCUAUGUGGGAGCUGCUGGUCGGAUACUGUUAACUGUGAUGUGUUGUUUUUAAAUUUUAUCAAACAUAAGUUUUCCGCUGAAAAUUGUGUAUAUUUAAAAUUUAAUGGAUUGUUCCGCUUUGUGUUGCUUUUCUUAGUCAAAAUAAAUAUAAUUUUGUGUUUGA